AUGGUGGCUUUCAUGAACAGCGCGACAUUUGUCGCCGGACUUUUCACUCUGUGGAGUCGUCCGAUCUGGGCUACACCCGCCUCGAAUACUAAUGCGGUCGUUGUGAACGGCACAGCUUUCACUCUGAACGGUGACCAUGUCUCGUACCGUUUCCAUGUAGACGACGCCACUGGGGAUCUGUUCUCGGAUCACUUCGGCCCGCGAGUCUCCGGAAACUUCCCAACGGAGAUCGUCAGUCAGGUCAAUGGUUGGGUCAACACCAUUGGCCGAGUCCGACGCGAAUUCCCAGACCAGGGUCGAGGCGACUUUCGCAUCCCUGCCAUUCGUAUUCGGCAGACGGCGGGUUACACCGUCUCCGAACUAUUGUACAGAUCCCACACGGUCAUCCCGGGUAAGCCGGCUCUCCCUGGGCUGCCUGCAACCUUCGGCUCCGAGGAGGACGUGACUACGCUCGUGGUGCAUCUAUAUGAUGAGAUCAGUGAAGUGGCUGCAGAUCUGUCGUAUUCGAUCUUCCCCAAGUACGAUGCUGUUGUACGCAGCGUCAAUGUCACCAAUCAGGGCGCGGGGAAUAUCACCAUCGAGACGCUUGCUAGUCUGAGUGUAGAUUUCCCUUACGAGGAUCUAGAUAUGGUCUACCUGAGGGGUGACUGGGCGAGAGAAGCGCACAGCGAGAGGAGGAAAGUCGAAUAUGGGACGCAAGGUUUUGACAGCUCUGCGGGAUACUCGUCUCAUCUACACAACCCAUUCCUGGCAAUCAUGAACCCAGCUACCACAGAGUCUCAAGGUGAGACUUGGGGUUUCUCGCUGGUCUACUCGGGAUCAUUCGCAGUCAAUGUGGAGAGAGGCUCUCAGGGGUUUACUCGGGCUCUCCUUGGCCUCAACCCUGGCCAGCUUUCAUGGGUGCUGAGACCAGGCGAGAGUCUAGUAUCUCCUGAGUGCGUGGCGGUUUACUCAGCGGAUGGUAUUGGUGGCAUGUCUCGGUUGUUGCAUCGUCUCUACCGGAACCACUUGAUAAAGAGCAAGUUUGCUGUAUCGGACCGUCCAGUCUUGCUCAACAGCUGGGAAGGCCUUGGCUUUAACUAUAACGAGACCACCGUCUACCAGCUGGCUACGGAAGCGGCAGAAUUGGGCGUCAAGCUGUUCGUACUCGAUGACGGGUGGUUCGGUGACAAGUACCCCCGUACCGCUGAUAACGCCGGCUUGGGAGACUGGGUUCCUAAUCCCGACCGGUUUCCUCAUGGAUUACCGCAUGAGGUUGACAGGAUCACGGCCUUGCACCCCGGGAAUGAUACAUCCACUAAUCUGAGAUUUGGACUCUGGUUCGAGCCAGAGAUGGUCAAUCCUAAUUCCAGUCUCUAUCAUCAACAUCCAGACUGGGCUCUACAUGCAGGAUCAUAUCCACGCACCUUGACGCGGAACCAACUGGUCUUGAACAUGGCCCUCCCCGAGGUCCAAGACUACGUGAUCAAGUCUGUAUCAGACAUCUUGGACAGCGCCGAUAUAUCCUAUGUUAAGUGGGAUAACAACCGCGGCAUCCAUGAAACACCUUCCCCUUCCACCGACCACCAGUACAUGCUCGGAAUGUACCGGGUCUUCGAUAAUCUCACGACCAAGUACCCCAAUGUCCUCUGGGAAGGAUGUGCCUCUGGCGGCGGCCGCUUCGACCCGGGUGUGCUCCAGUACUUUCCGCAAAUCUGGACCUCCGAUGACACCGACGCCUUGGAGCGUAUUACCAUUCAAAUGGGCACCUCGCUGGCAUAUCCGCCCAGCGCAAUGGGCGCGCAUCUUUCAGCUGUACCGAACCAGCAAACAGGACGCACCUUGCCUAUUACUUUCCGCGCCCACGUCGCAAUGAUGGGAGGGUCUUUUGGUCUGGAGCUGAAUCCUGCGCACAUGCCCGAUGAUGAGCGCGAUGCUGUCCCGGGACUUAUUGCUCUCGCCGAGAGGGUCAAUCCGAUCGUUCUGACUGGGGAUAUGUACCGAUUGAGCCCUCACGACUCGCAGUGGCCGGCAGUCCUCUUUAUCUCCCCGGAUGGUGAGCAGGCAGUCCUGUUCUAUUUUCAGACCAGCCCCCGCGUGGACAAUAGUAUUCCCCGGGUGAAGAUGCAGGGAUUGGACCCACAGGCUGUGUACAGUGUCGAUGGAGAUGCGGAGUACUCUGGUGCGACAUUGAUGAACGUAGGGUUACAGUUUCCUUUCGAUUCGGACGUGGGGAGCAAGGUGGUGUUCUUCCAGAGGCUGUGA